ACCCAACCGAAGUUUGACAAUUGUCUUAUAUCGUCGUGUACGUCGUUUGCGGUUUGCACGUUUUGCGGACGUCGUACAUAAACAGAGACUGAGGAAUCAAAUUUCUACUGUGAAGUGUUUAACAAAACAGUGUACAUUAGAAUGGCUGAUUUUGAUAACGCUACCAAGUGCAUCAGGAAUAUGGAAAAAGAAAUUCAUCUUCUGCAAUCGGAAAUAGCCAACACUCGAAAUGGCGAAGGGUUGGACGAGGAUAGCGCUGAGCUUAAAAAUCUGAUGCAAGAAAACACAAGGUUGAAACACCGGUUGGAGAUUUUACAAUCGGCAAUCGCCAAGGAAAGCGGAUCCAGCGAAUCUUCCUCGCCACCUAGCGAAUCAAUCCUCGGCGAACUUCAACGAAUUUUCUCCGAUGCGAUUCGUAAAGCAUUCUCCGGAAUAUCAGUUGCGGCAGUGGUAACUAUUUCCACUUCACCGAAGUUUGGCGAUUAUCAGUGCAAUAGCGCCAUGCAGAUUGUGCAACUUCUGAAGCAACAAUCGGUUAAAAUAUCACCACGCGAAGUUGCCCAAAAGCUUAUCGAUGAAUUGAAAAGCCCAAUUGCUUGCGUUGAAAAAUUAGAGGUUGCUGGAGCGGGUUAUGUGAACAUUUUCCUUUCUAGGUCAUAUGGCGAACAACGUAUUAUGAGCAUCUUGAAGGAAGGAAUUCGGGCACCGUCAAUGGAAAAGAAACGUGUGGUGGUAGACUUCUCGUCGCCCAAUGUGGCGAAAGAAAUGCAUGUUGGCCAUUUACGUUCGACCAUAAUUGGUGAUUCGAUUUGUCGUUUCCUGGAAUUUGUUGGCCAUGAUGUAUUGCGCAUAAACCACAUCGGUGACUGGGGAACACAGUUCGGCAUGUUAAUUGCACACCUGCAAGAUCGAUUUCCGAACUUUCAAACCGUUUCACCACCGAUAAGUGAUUUGCAAGCAUUUUACAAAGAGUCCAAGGUUCGGUUUGAUAGCGACGAGGUGUUUAAGAAGCGUGCUUAUGAGUGUGUAGUCAAACUUCAGAGUGGAGAGGCAAGCUACUUAAAAGCGUGGAACCUCAUAUGCGAUGUAUCACGCAAAGAGUUCCAAACCAUCUAUAAUCGGUUGGAUGUAAAGCUGAUCGAACGUGGUGAAUCGUUUUAUCAAAGUCGCAUGAAAGAAGUCGUGGACGAACUAAAGCAAAGCGGAUUUCUCGAGGAAGACGAAGGUCGUCUCAUUAUGUGGGGUGAAGGGCGUGCUGGAAUUCCAUUAACUAUCGUCAAAUCGGACGGUGGAUUUACGUAUGAUACUUCCGAUAUGGCAGCCAUCAAACAACGUUUGCAUGAGGAAAAGGCAGAUUGGCUCGUUUAUGUAACUGAUGCCGGACAAGCAACUCACUUCCAGAUCAUCUUUUCCUGUGCAAAACGGGCAAAAAUCUUGGACGAGAGUAAACAUCGUGUGGACCACGUUGGUUUUGGUGUUGUGCUUGGCGAAGAUGGUAAAAAAUUUAAGACCCGAUCUGGCGAUACGGUUAAGCUGGCAGAACUGUUGGACGAGGGACUGAAACGAGCAAUGGAUAAGCUGCUACAAAAAGAACGUAACUUAGUGCUCACAGAGGACGAGCUGAUUGCCGCACAACAAUCGGUUGCGUACGGAUGCAUCAAAUAUGCGGACCUGUCCCACAACCGUAACAACGAAUAUGUGUUUUCCUUCGACAAGAUGCUGGAAGACAAAGGUAAUACUGCCGUUUAUUUGCUGUAUGCCUACACUCGCAUUCGCUCUAUCGCCCGAAACUGUGGAGGAGACUUUGCAAACAAUAUUCAAAAGGUGAUCGAAAGCACGGAACUCAAACUGGAACACGAGAAAGAAUGGAAGCUUGCCAAGGUUUUGCUCCGAUUUACCGAUGUUGUAUUAGUUAUCAUGAAAAAUCUUUCGCUGCAUUGUCUGUGCGAGUUUGUGUAUGAAGUUUGCACCACGUUUAGCGAAUUUUAUGACAAUUGCUACUGUAUUGAAAAGAACAAGCAAGGUGAAAUCGUGAAGGUUUAUGCAUCCAGGAUUUUACUGUGCGAGGCCACAUCGAGAGUACUGGGAAAAUGUUUCGAUAUUCUGGGUCUUAAACCGGUACAUAAAAUAUGAAGCGUUUAUUCGUUUACUGUGUAAUGAGCCUGGAAUUAUAAAAGUCUAUCAAACCUACGAUAAUACUUUUGCAUGAAUGGUAAUAAUAAAAAUAAUGUCACUAUUCUUAUCGAUACAAGGAA